GAAAUCAGCGCAUAUGCGCCAGGAUAGUCCAAGAACCGAACUCACGUUCAACACGGUUUGCUGGCAGCACAAGAAGCCCCCCAUCUCUCUUUGCUCGACAGAGUCCGAUCAUUCCUUCUCCAAACGCUGCUUUUCGGUCGAUCUCCGAGUUCAAGCAUUCAAGAAUUUCAGGCCUCUUUCUUUCAGCUGUAGUGAGGCCUAUAUUGGACUCCUUUGAAACAUCCAAGCAAGUUCAUCAACCAGCCCUAAGUCAUAACAGAACACGGAGAGAGGCUUAAGCUUCGGAAGGCUGUGCCAGAUCGAUACAAUAGCAAAUUAAGAUGGGGAAUAUAUUUGUGAAGAAGCCUAAGAUCACAGAUGUGGACAGAGCAAUUCUGUCUCUGAAGACCCAGAGACGAAAGCUUGCCCAAUAUCAGCAACAGCUUGAUGCUGUCAUUGAAGCUGAAAAACAAGCUGCAAGGGACCUGAUUCGUGAAAAGAAAAAGGACAGGGCCUUGCUAGCAUUGAAAAAGAAGAAGGCACAAGAGGAAUUGCUCAAGCAAGUUGAUGCUUGGGUCAUUAAUGUUGAACAACAAUUGGCAGAUAUUGAACUAGCAAGCAAGCAGAAGGCUGUGUUUGAUAGUUUGAAGGCAGGAAAUAAUGCAAUUAAAGCAAUACAAAGUGAAAUCAACUUGGAGGAUGUUCAGAAACUGAUGGAUGAUUCAGCUGAAGCAAAAGCUUAUCAAGAUGAAAUUAAUGCAAUCUUGGGCGAGAAGUUAUCAGCAGAAGAUGAAGAGGAAAUUUUAGCAGAAUUGGAAAAUCUGGAAACACAGAUCACCCUCCAAGAUCUACCGGCAGUUCCUGCAGCAGUGCCGCCUCCAGAAGAAAAUGAGAAAUUGGACCUUCCUGAUGUACCCACCAAAGCACCAGUUGCUCCCCAGGCGGUUGCUGAUGAGGCUGAAGAUGCUUCAACUGGAGUUUCCACAAGGAGAAAAGUUAUGGAAGAACCAUUGCCUGCAUGAUUGGGCAGAGUAUUGGGCCUGGUUACAUACACAAAUGCGUAUGAAAAUGACAUGAUAUUGCUAUAUCCGGGAGCUGUUUGUGAUCCAAAUUGGACCAUCUUCUGGUAGGGAUGUGCUUUACAGAUUUUUGUGUGUACAGAUUGGUUCUGAUGUUCUGCAAUCACUGAUAUUCCAAUAUCCGAUAUCGUAUGUACAGAUUUGGUCACAUAAGCUUAUGCGAUUGUGUACAUUUGCUUCAGUUUCUGAGAUCACCAACAGAUUUGCUCUUUAUGUAAUGGUCUUGCAUAAUAAGUUACUAUCCCAAAUGAAAGAUGGAUCCUGUCAUACAGUUUAUUUAUUUACUUCUUGUGUUGUUAUUGAAA